CACAGCCACAGGUAAUCCGCAAAACCAGAGCAAAGAAAUCGAUGGAGAAACAAGGGGAAAGGGUCCAGCAACAGCGGGUGGUGAUGGUGGUGUAUCCGUUUCAUGGGCACAUAAGUCCCAUGAUCCACCUAGCCACCUUUCUUCACUCAAAAGGCUUCUCAAUCACAAUAGUCCACCCUCAAUUCAAUUCACCAGACCCUUCAAGCCACCCAGAAUUCACCUUUCUUGCAAUUCCAGAUAAGCUGUUAGAGUCUGGGGUCUCAAAUUGGAAUUUUACCGGAAUUGCCUUGACUCUCAACAGGAACUGUGCAGCACCAUUGCAAAACUGCGUGGAACAAAUGUUGCUUCAGAAUCCGGAUGAGAAUAUUGUUGGUAUUAUAUAUGAUACCGUUAUGUUUUUUGCUCAAUCUGUAGCUGAUCAUCUGAAAGUACCCGGAAUCAGCGUUCGCACCAGCGCGGCUGCCACAAUUUUAGCCUUUUCUGUCUUUCCUAGUCCCCAUGGAGAAGGUUACAUCUCCUUUCAAGAUUAUAUUUCUGGUGAUGGAAUUCAAGAUCCUCAAUCCUUUUCGAUCAAGCAACUUCUUGCCUCUUUACCUGAAAAUCCCACCAAUUCCACGGAGUUGAGGAUCGCAUUAACAAGAGAAACAAAGAAAGCGUCUGCCAUCAUUGUGAACACAAUGGACUUCCUCGAACGAGAAGCACUAGCAAAGAUUAGAGAACAAUUCUCACCUUCAAUUUUCACCAUAGGCCCCCUUCACAAAUUAGCCCCUACAGGUUCUGCUUCGCGGCUCAAGGAAGAUUCUAGCUGCAUUUCUUGGCUUAAUAAACAAGCCCCAAAAUCUGUGGUCUACGUAAGUUUUGGCAGCCUGGCUGCAAUGGAUGAAGAAGAUCUAGUUAACACGGCUUGGGGGCUGGCAAACUCUGACCAGCCAUUCCUAUGGGUAGUUAGACCUGGUUCAGUCCGUGGGUCUGAAUGGAUUGAGUACCUGCCAAAGACAUUCCAUGAAAGAGUUGGAGAAAGAGGCAACAUCGUGAGAUGGGCACCACAAAAGAAAGUGCUGGAACAUAGUGCAGUAGGCGCAUUUUGGAGCCAUUGUGGAUGGAAUUCUACCCUUGAGAGUAUAUCUGAAGGCGUGCCACUGUUAUGCAAGCCUUUGUUUGGGGAUCAGAUGUUGAAUUCAAGGUAUAUUUGCAACAUAUGGAAGGUAGGGCUGGAAUUGGAGAAAGGGAAGAUUGCAGAAGCACCUUGGCAGCAUGGUAGAGAUCUACGGCAGCAUCCUAAAAGACUAACGGUAGCAUAAUAUCUGCAACAAAUUGAUUAAUUUGUUGGUGUUGCGAUUAUCCUCCUGAAAGCUCGCAACAAAAGAACAGUUUUGCUGCCGUUGGGGAAAUAACCACUCAAUCUCAUUUGAAGAAAUUCACACCAACUAAUAAAAUAUCUGCCAUCAU